ACCUGACAAUCCGAGUGAAGAGCUAACCUACGUUACCGUUAACUGCAGGUUGGUGUCUCCCGAAAUUAACCUUAAAUAUCCCGUAAAGUCAUAGCCAUGUCUCUCUGCGACGACAUACUACUAUGUAACUUCCCAAAGUGCCGAACUAAGCUGAGCGGCUUCGCCUGGGUCACAGCUUGCUCGCAUGUUUUCUGUGAUCAACAUGGGUCCGGUGAGUUCAGCCGCUCCCCUGCCAUCUGCCCGGCCUGCUCUUCUGCGUUGUCUGGGAAGCUGGACAUUGUGAGGACUGAGCUGUCGCCCUCUGAGGAAUACAAAGCCAUGGUGCUGGCAGGCCUUCGACCAGACGUUGUUCUUGACAUCAGUGCCCGUGCUCUGGCCUUCUGGAGCUAUCAGGUCCAUCAGGAGCAUAUGUAUCAAGAGUACAGUUUGUCACGUGCCGAGGCACAGCUGAAGCAGAUGGACAAGGUGUUGACCCAGCAGAACCAGAGCAGAGAACUGGAGCUCGGGGGCAUGAGGGGGGAGAUCGCCUCCCUGAAGAAAGUGAUGGAGGAGUAUAAAAGGAAGUACAGCGAGGUCUCUGAGAGGCUGAUGGAGAGAAACAGGCAGUACCAGAAACUACAGGGGCUGUACGACUCCCUGAGGCUGCGCAACAUGGUGGUGGGUGUUGGAGACAGAGACAUGCUGCCACAAGCUGUACAUCACAAUUACAACACCGCGUGUCACACAGGGGUGGCUCGGCAGGCAACUCCCCAGAGAAGCCCUCAGUUCCUCUCUGGGGGCAACGAUGGGGACAGCAGAUUCUUCUCCUGCCUGGAGGCUGACGGAGCCAAGACCUUCUUCCAGUUCAGCUCCCCUGCCAGGGAGAGAGGCCGGCCCUUCAUGAAGAAGCACUGAGACAGUAACAGGUUUCAAAAUCUGACUGUAGCACAUUACCUUAAAUUAAUUUAUUUAUAUGUUAACAAAGUGUUCUAACGUUUUAGUGUUCAUUUAGUUAGCAGGGUUUGCCUUGAGUACAUUUUUGAAGUAUUUAUUGUAAUUUUAAACUAAACUAGGCGUAAAAAUCAGCUUUUAGUCCUGGUUUCUACUUAAAAAUUUGUGUUUAGAAGUACUUGUAAUGUAAAUAAACAUAAAAUCAGUUUACAAAGA